AAUGUAACGACAUCCAAUGUCUAUGGUUUAACCAAAAUAAUCAGAAGCAGAACUUUUAAAUUAAAUAAACUCAUUAAAAUCAGAACUUUCCUUCCAAGUAAAUGCAAGUAAUUUAUAAUUUAAUAUUUUAAUAGAUGGGAGAUUAUCUAAGGAACUUAAUGAAUGUUUAAAACGUUUGGGAAUUACUCGAGUUGACGUGAUUCAUCAAGACAUCAAUCAUCAAACUGAUUUAUCUUAUUUAGCUCCCUUAUUUAUUGUAUAUGAAGAACAUAUUAAAAAUUAUGAUGUAAUACUUCAAAAGUUAAUGGAUGAUCUAGGAGCAAUGGAUGCCAGAAUAUAGAUGGUCAAUGAUGAUAAUACAUUUCUUAGAAAAUAAUUACAGGAGAAGAAUGAAUAGUUUCUUCGUUUGUAUUAAUAAGGUGGAAGUGCUAGUAAUAUCAAAACUGUUUUUAAUGAGUUGGAGAGGGAAGAUUUAGAGGAGAGGAUUAGGUUAUUGAAUGAAGAGAACAGCAUAUAUGUCAAUAAAUUAAAAUAAUAUGAAGGAUAGAUAUAUGAUCUUUAAUAAAAAAAUGAUUCAUUCAUUAGAAAUGAAUAAUAAUAUUUAAAUUAAUUGCAGGAAUUAAAAUAAUUGAAUUAAUAAUUAGAAAUUGGAUAAGAUGACUUAAAGAUUAAACUUGAUAUAUUAGAAAAUAAAUUCUAAAAUUAAACAUAAUUAGUAGCUAUUACUGAAGAGGAGAAAACAGAAUAUAUUCAAAGAUUCAGUAAAAGUGAAAAUGAAAAUAAAGUGUUGAAACAUUAGAAUUAGAAUUUAAAACAAGAAAUUGUAAAUCUUUAAAAUAAAGGUUAAUUAAGUCAAACUGAAUUAUAAAAGGAAUUAGAAGAAUUGCAAAAGAAAGAAAGAGAAUUAUUUGAUAAAUAAGUUCAUGAUGAAAGAGAAAUUGAUUAAUUAAGGGAUGAAAAUAGAGCAUUAAAGAGAGAAUUAGAUUAAAAUAAGAGUAAUUUAGAAUAAACAAUUAAAAUGAUGGAUAACUAUGAAAAUAAAAUCUAAAUCUUAUUAAAGAAAGAAGACAAUUAUAAAAUUUUAACUAAGCAAUUAAAAGAAGAAAGGGAAAAUGCUGUAAUGGAAAAAGAUAGAUAUUAAUUAAAAGAAUAAUAAUUUGAUUAGACUUUAUAAAAUCAAAUGACUAAACAUAGAGAAGAUAUAAUGUAAUUAAAAGAAAACUUUGAUAAACAAUCAGAUAGUCUAAAAAAUAGAUAUAAAAUAAUUAUUGAAUAAAGAGAGGAUGAAAUUCAUAGAUUAAAUGAAGAAGCAAAUUAAAUUACAACUUUAAAUGAUAGAUUAACAAAAGAAAUAAAGAGUUUAAAAAUAGAAAUUACUCGUAUGGAAAAUGGGUUAAAAUAAGAUAUUGUAACUAAUUAUUAAUAAACUGAUGAUUUACAAAGACAAAUUAGUGAAUUGACAGAAAAAAAUACAUUACUUGAGUAAAAAUUAACUGAUCAAGAAGCAGAAUUUAAUUUAGCAAAACAAUCUCAUGAUUCUUAUGUUAAAACGUUAACUAAUAAUAAUGCAGACUUAAAAUAAAAUUUAGAACACACUAGAUCUGAAUUAACCAGUCGAACAUAAGAACUUUCAACUUAGAAAGGCAAAAUCAAUUCAUUAACUAGAUAAUGUUAAAAUUAAUUAGAAGAAAUUGCAAAAACAAAAAGACAUUAUGAAACAAGAUUAGAAUAAAUUUAAGAUGAUUAUACUUAUAAAAUAAAGAAUCUUUAAUUAUAGAUGGAAGAUGCUAUUAAUAGGGAACGAUAAAGCAGAGAAAAAUCAGUUAAAUUAUUAUAAGAUUAUGAUAAAAUUGAAGAGAAACUUAAAGUAGAGUAUAAUUCAAGAAUUUUAGAAUUAGAAACAACAAUUAAUAAUUUAAAGAGUAUGAAUCAUCAAUUAACUUUAAAGUAAGUUUUUCAUUUAUAUUUUAGAUUAAAUGAAAUAAGGAAUGUUUCAUAUAUGAACAAAGUAGAAAAUUAAACACUAAGGAAAUGA